AUGGGCAAUAAAUAAACUGAAAAUUAAUAUAACAAAGAACAUAAUGAAAAGAUGUUGGAUUGUCUAAUAAUUGAAAAUAGAAAUCAAAUAGAAGUAUUAAUCAGAAAAGCUGGAAGGGUGAGCAAAGAAUACUCUUUUCUAACCCCUCCUAUUGGUAAAGGAAAAUAUAGUGAAAUUAGAAAAAUUAUAAAUAAAAAGACAGGAAUUAUGAGAGCAGUUAAAAUAAUCUAGAAAAAUGUAUCAAAUAAAAUAGAAGGGAAGAUCAUAAAUGAAAUAAAUACUUUAGAACUGUUGGAUCAUCCUAAUAUUGUAAGAGUGAAUGAAUAUUUUUCUGAUGACAGAUUUCAUUAUAUAAUAACAGAAUAUUAUUCUGGAGGAGAACUUAUAGACCACAUUGAUAAAUAAAGGGUAUUCACUGAAACUUAGGCUGCAAAAAUUAUAUAUGUGCUACUUUACACUAUAAAUUAUUGUCAUAAAAAGUAAAUUUGUCACAGGGAAAUAAAGUUGGAGAACAUACUGUUUGAUAGAAAUUCAGAGGAUUCCCUGCCUAUUUUGAUUGAUUUUGGAAGUUGUAGCAAAAUGGAUCACAAAAUGACUAGUUAACCUAAUCAUCCAUAUUUCCAAGCUCCAGAAUUAAUAUUAGGGAAUUAUCAUAGUGGUGUUGAUAUAUGGGCAAUAGGAGUAAUAUUGUAUCUGCUUUUAUGUGGAUAUCCUCCAUUCCGAGGAAAGACAGAUGAGUUGAUUAUAAAGAGUGUUAUAAGACAUGAAGUGGAGUUUGAUGAUCCUGAAUGGGAUAAUACUUCAGAGGAGGCUAAGAAUCUGAUUGUAAAAUUGUUAUAAAAGGAUCCCAAUAGGAGAAUGACUGCGGAGAUGGCAUUAAAUGAUAUAUGGAUAUUAAAAAAUUAUGAAUUAAAGGUUUUUGAUGGAUUGAUUAAGAGAGUGGUUACGAAUUUGGCUACAUUUUAAGCAUCUUCAAGGUUAUAGGAAGCUACUCUAAAAUUGAUGGUGCAAUUUUUAGCCACAAGAGAAGAGCUUUCUGAAUUGAGAGUAGUCUUCAUGCAUAUAGAUACAAAAUUAGAUGGAGUAUUGGAUUAAGAUGAGUUGCAGGCUGUUAUGCUGAAAUAUUAUGAUUAAAGUUUUGUUCAUUAACAAAUAAAUAAAAUAUGUUAGCAUCCACUAACAUACUCUACGUUUUUGACCAGAAGUGUUGACAGAUAAACUAUGUUGCAAAAGAGUAAGAUAGAGACUGCUUUUAAAUUGAUAGAUCGAAAUGGGUCAGGUAACAUUUCAGUUGAAGAACUUUAAGAUACAUUUAAGGUUUGCAACGCAGAAACAGAAAACCCCUGGUCGGAAAUCAUGACUGAAGUUGAUAGUAAUCAAGAUGGAAGUUUGUCUUUAUUGGAGUUCAAUUAAAUGAUGAGACAAUUAUUAAUUUAAUGA